CCCUUGCAGCACGUAAAACAAAACUCUCAUAGCCUGACCCGUUAGAAAGCAAGUCAUCUCCCGGAUCGCAGAGGCUGCGCGCGCGCCUCUUCAGGAAGCAAGGCUUGAGGGUCUCGGAAAAUACAAAUCUCCCUGGAGUGGGGGAAAAAGGGCAACCUCCCCCUCCCAGCCCUUUACGCAGCACCUGUGGAGCACGAAGCAAUUCAGCUGGUUGUUUCUCCAACAUUCCCUACAACCUCCCCUCCCCCGCUUUUGCCACGCCCGGGUUGCAGGACGCCACCGAACCGUUGCUGUAACGCCCAACGCCGCUCAUCAUUUGGUAAGCGAAAGAAACCAAGUACGAGAGCGAUUGGGACGUGCUAGACGGCUGACGGUGCAACAUGAGGCGAAGAGCGAGCAGGCAACUGAGUCCCGCGGGGGGAAGAGCCGCGACUUGCCUUGGGAUUUUGCUACAGUGAAAGGAACGAACGGAACAGAACGAGCCUCCCUAAGAUCGUCAUGGGGAGAAAAGGCUAAUCCUACAUGCCUCGUGUACGGUUUCUCCUAGAAGGCGUGCAACAAAUGGCAGCCAAGUCUUUAAUCCAGGCUGCAGUGGUGGCGGUAGCAGCUCCCAGGUGAGGCGCAAGACUCCAGUUCGCGAGCUGCGGCUCUCCAUACUUGCCUGCUUGCCUGCGCCUCGCCUCCUUUCCUCCUUCUGAGUCAUCCCGCUGCAUCUGGUAAGGCGCUCGAACUCCCUGCCUUGCAUGGCUCGGGUGGGCUAAUCAGGGAGUCAACUUCAUGCCCGGAUUCUGAACAAAUUCUUCCUACAGGAGGUUCUGCAAGCCCCCUCUACCCAAGAAGGCAUGCAUCACCCAAAACAGGGCUGCGGGAUGGCUAUUUGCAGACACAAUAGGGACGGAGAAGUAAUAGUACUUCACUAUCUUUACUGCCACAAGGCUUGCUGUUAUUUGAGCCCCUCUGGCUUAUUUAUUUAUGCAUACAUUACAUACUGUGCAUACCUACAUUUUGAAAGCAUUUUAUAUUUUACUUGAAAGAUAACCACCUAUACUUUUUUCAAUUAUUUAAUUAUGGAAAAUAUAUCUGAUCUCCUGACCAUAUGAUAUGAGAUGGCACAAUGUGAUUCACUCAGCAAGAUCUCUUUCUACCUCUUUGACAGAAAAAAGGAGCAACUUAAGAAGCUUCCUUCCAAUCCCCAAGGCACUUCAUCAAAGUAACUGAGCUACAAUAAGUUGACAGGAAUGUCCUUUUAAAAAGCAAACCAACCAUGAAGAUGUCUAUAUACUAAUCUGUUCUUGACCUCCAUUGUUGGUGAGAAUGAGGUUGCAGUUUUGUUCCUGAGACACUUUGCCACCACUGUUGGGUAAAUGAGAAGCUGUUGGGUGAUUAUGCUGACAUUCCAGCAUGCAUUUGGUAGACCUGUGGUUAACUCGCUCCCUCUCCAUGUGUCUGCUUCUACAAAGCUUUGUCCUCAUGAUACUAUGCUUUCAUUCUGCCAGUAUGUGCCCCAAAGGUUGCCUUUGCUCUCAUUCUGGAGGUUUGAAUGUCAGCUGCAGCAAUGCGAACCUGAAAGAAAUACCCAGAGAUCUUCCUCCUGAAACUGUCCUUCUCUAUUUAGACUCCAAUCAGAUUACAUCCAUCCCAAAUGAGAUUUUCAAGGACUUGCACCAAUUGAAAGUCCUCAACUUAUCCAAAAACAUCAUUGAAUUCAUAGAUGAGCAUUCCUUCAAAGGGGUAGCAGAAACCUUGCAAAUGCUAGACUUGUCAGACAACCGGAUUAAAAGCGUGCACAAAAAUGCUUUUAACAACUUGAAGGCUAGGGCUCGAAUUGCAAACAAUCCUUGGCACUGUGAUUGCACCCUUCAGCAAGUCUUGAGAAGCAUGGCUUCCAACCAUGAAACAGCCAACAGUGUCAUCUGUAAGACCUCUGAUUUAGAUGAACAUGCUGGGAGGCCAUUUCUCAAUGCAGCUGAUGCUGACCUAUGUAAUAUUCCUAAAAAGACAACAGAUUAUGCCAUGCUAGUCACCAUGUUUGGCUGGUUCACCAUGGUGAUAUCCUAUGUAGUUUACUAUGUGCGGCAAAAUCAAGAGGAUGCACGCCGGCACCUGGAGUACUUGAAAUCUCUGCCAAGCAGGCAGAAAAAACCAGAUGAAGCAGACGACAUUAGCACUGUUGUAUAAUGCGCCCAAACCCUGUGACAGACCCUUAGGUAUGGAGAGCACGGAUACCAGCUGUUUCCUUUUAACAUUCGUGGUCAAUGUGUUAAAGACUUUUUCCAAUUAAACUGAAUUCUGCCACUGUCAACCUUUCUUAAAAAAAGAUGUCUGUUUUGGGAUAAUAACAGUACUCUUUUAUUGUUUCUCUGGUGGUAUUCUAAACAAAGUGAACUAAAAUGUAAACAUUAGUUUAGACUCAUUCCACUCUUUAAUAAUGAAAUUUAUUUUUUUAAUUUAAAACCAAAUAAAAGCUAAACUUUGAACCAUGUAAAUGCAGAGUAAUUUAUUGACCCAAAGACUGCCUUAUAAACCUUUUUUGGCUAUUGCUAUGUGGACAGAUCACAGAUUUACACUGAUCAAAAAGUGUUUUUGAAUCAGGCCAGUUCAAAAUCCCCGAAAUUGGCUCUCUGAAGAUAUAUCUAAACCUUGAUAUGUAUUAAUAUAUUUAUGAGAGAGCUUAUGUUAUUAUAUGACAUAGUACCAUUCUAUGCUCCAAGAAUAUACAUAGUAUACAACUGCCAUUUAGAUAUUAUCAAGUUAAUGUUUGGUUAGUUCCAAUCUGCUGAAUUCAAAUGAUCCACUUACUAUUGAUUUUGGAACUCAUAUAUUUUUAUUCUGGCUGCCAUGCAACACCGCAGCUUUCCAUAACCUGGUACUGAGAUUUUGAGUUUCAAGUCUUAUCUGCUGCGGAUUUGGGGAGUUGAUUUCUAAAACAUCUGGCGAAUUUGGGAAGAAGUUUAUUGUAAUGAACAUAAAGUGUUGCAUUUGAAUAGAUGUAUACUAAGUGUUAGAAUAGUUUUUGUUUUAGCUUAAAAGAGAGCAUUGGAGAAUUUAUCUGCAAAUCUAUUCCGAAUUGAGAUUGAAGUAUAAUAUUUCUUCCCUCUCCUUUCAUUCUAAAUUUUAGAAAAUCCACAUCCAUUAUUAUGUAAAUUGUUUUUCAUAUGUAUGAAAGAGCAUAUGCAAAUAGUUCGCAGUUCUUUGGCUCAAUCUUCAAUUUUUACUGUGUAUCUGUAAGUGAGAUAGAUAUAGAAAAUCUUGUCAAGAUUUGAUGAAAUGGGCUGGAUCCUAACCAAAUAAUAUAAUGGGCUUCUUAAAAUCCAUAGGAGCUUGUUGUAUAAUUAGAACCUGUGUAACAGAUCAAGAUUCCUAUUAUUGAAAGCCCAACUUUCCAGCUAUUGUCAGUACUAGGUUAGGGGAAUCCCAGAGCUAUUGACUAUACUAGGAAGUUUUUUUUAAAAAGCAGUGGCAAACCAUUUCUGCAACCUGCUAAGGGAACCAUAUAGAGGUUUUCUAUUGGAACCCCUUUUAUACAGAACUGUUGAGCUGAUGGGGACCAUCAGACUAUUAUCUAGCUCCCUUUUCAGUGCAGAAAUCCAGAUUAAAGCAGUUCUGGGUCUAAUAGAUAGCUAUGUAUCCUCCAGCUUCACUGAAUGACAAGGAGAAAACUAGCUCUGAAAGUAAAUUUUUCCCCUAACAAAAUAUUGUUAAUUUCUUUUACUAAUGUUCUGUCAGAAUUGUUUUUUCUAUCCUUUUAAUCUAUCAAGCAACUUGAUUAAAAUAUGACAAACUUAAUCUAGCAAGAUUUAUUAUUAACAAAUAUAUGCUGAAAAUAGUAUCUUUAUUGUUUUCAAGGUGCUUACAGAUUGCUGUCUUUAUUUCCAUCUUUAGAUCUUCCCAGCCACACAUCAAUUUUAGAUUGGUCUGUAGUUUCUUGAGUCCAUCUAUUGAACAAAUAUAUGAACUUCGACUUUCUCCAGUCAUCUAGCAUAUCACAAGGUCUCAAGGAUUUUUUCAGAGAUAAUUCAUAAAUGUUUGGUCAGACCAUUAGCAAUUUACCAUGUAGUUCAUAAAGCCCUAGAUAUUUAAACCAUUCGAAAGAAAUUGCAAUUUCCUGACCUUGCUUAUGUCAGUCUUGAGCUUCAUUCCUUCUUGUUCAAUAUGCUCAUGAGUGAUAAAAUAUAUGUCUUCGUGUUAGAGAUGAUAUGGUCAAAACAGGACUUGGAUAGUUCUGUUCGCAUUUCGCUUCUGUUCCUUUAAAUAUACUUUAAGAAAACCUGUUCAUUUUUCUAAUACUCUGCUAAUUUCAGCACAUUCUGAAUUUUAGAUUUUGUGCCACCAUUUUUACAAUUUUGGGUGUCUCACUGUAUUCUUAUCUUGGUAAUCUCUCUUUACAAGUUUUUGUUUAUUUGUUUUUCAGAACUCAAGUGUUUCUGGAACUGGGCCUUAUUGAUUCAGUAUUUUAAUACCUUUAUUUAGUUAGACUGUUUCGAAUCUCUUGUUCUUCAUUAUAUACGAAGAAAUAUACCCAAAGUGAACUGGCAUCUGAAGGUAAUGGAACAUAGGCCUGCCUUUGGGCCUCAGUCUGUUAAGUACAAACAUACAAUGCAGUACAAUUAAUUCUUCACACAAACUUGAAAUGCGUAGAAUAAUCUUAUUUGAUGUUGUGCUAUGUCUCACAUACUCCUAAACUAACUGUGAAUUUGGAGAACUAAAAUCCCAACACUAACCUAAUCAGAUUAGUGAUUAUCUGAAUUUGGUUCUGAUUUCAAAGGUAUCUGCUUUCACUUCAGAUUCCUUCGAUAUCAGAACCAAAAUCAGAUAAUCACUAACCUGAUUUGGUUAGUGUUGGGUUUUUAGUUAUUAAAUUAAUUGAUUAAUUAUGGAAUGUUUUAUUACUAUAAUAUUGAGUAUCAACAUUUUCUAAGCUUUUUAAAGGAAGAAAAUAUACUGGAUGACUUCUUGAAUCACUUAAAUUUCUUCAUAUGCUCCUCAUAUAUUCUGUAACAUAUUUCAGUUGAGAAAUUUCAAAUUCUGAAAUUGGAGAACCAAUCACUUAUUUUUUCCUUCCAGACAGCCUUUAUUUGGAAUAUAUAAUCCAGCCAGUGUUUCAGUGUUUUGAUUUACUAUUGAAUUGAAUAUUGAAUUAAACUAUUGAAUUGAAUUCCAGAAUAAGUAGAUUGAUGAAUAUUACAAAAUAUAUAUCUCUAAAGGAAAUACCCUCCUUGGAAAUAAUAUGUGUAAGUUUUAAAAAAUUGGAUACUUUUCUUUUUUUAAUUGUAUUUCCCGACAUUUUACUCUGGCAUAUCAACGCAACUUGAGAAUGUCUGUAAAUUAGUGCAGUUUCAAUUUUAUUGAACAGGGAUGAUGUUAUGUAUUGAUUAUAUGCUGUCUCCCCUGCUGUAUGGAACAAGUAGUAAUCUUCAUCACAAAGUAGCUAAAUUGGGCAGUUGCUUUAUGACAUACUAGUUUUGGAAAGGUUAUGAAAUCAGCAUAAAUUUACUCAUUAGUAAAAAAAAUACAGGUAGCCCUCAACUUACAAACAUUUGUUUAGUGAUUGUUUAGAGUCACUGAAAAAAGUGAUUUAUAACAAUUUUCAUGCUUAAUGACCUUUGAACAUCCCCAUGGUCACAUGAUCGAAAUUUGGAUAUUUGGCAACUGGGAUGUAUUUAUGACAGUUGCAGUAUCCUGGGGCCAUGUGAUCACCUUUUGCAGUCUUCUGACAAGCAAAAUCAAUGGGUUUGCCAGAUUCGCUUAACAACCAUAUUACUAACUUAACUACAGUGAUUCACUGAACAACUGAGGCAAGAAAGAUUGUAAAAUGGGGCAAAAUUCACUCAACAACUGUCUUGCAUAGCAGUGGAAAUCUGAGGCUCAAUUGUGUUUGUAAGUCGAGAACCACCUGUAGUCAAAAGAAGCCAGGGGCAUUGUCUAUUUAUUAAUGAACAGCACUAAUACAUCACAAACAAUACCCAUCCAAUUUAUAAAAUUAGUGUCCAUUUUUCAGUUACCAUAUCCUCUAUUUGAACUGUGAUGCUAUAUUCAGAACUUUAUCUCUCCUUGCCAGGCUUGAAAUUAAUUAAACUAUUCCAUAAUGGAAACAGAAAUAAGCCUUUUUAUUUUAUGAAUGUAACAGAAGCCUACUUUUUAACUCUAAGAAACAUCUAGGGUUUUUUUCCCCUUCAAACUUACUUUCUCUUUUCUUUUUCUGACUCAGUUCAGUGAUCAGGCAAGAUAAUCCUUGAAAAGGGGGAAAUGUCAACAAAACAAAAGAGAAAGAAGAAAAUCCAAUUGCUGUUGAUAAAACAUGUUUUUCAUUAGAUCAAUUAGCUUUUUUCAACAGUAAUACAAUAUAAAUAGCAACAUGGCAAAAGCUUGAAAGAAAAAAUGUUAAGUCACUUGAAGCAUACAAUAAAGUAAUUUAAUUAUUCAGAUAUGUGUAUAAAGUCAUCUAUAUAAUUAGAAAAUAGUACAUUUUGGUAUUAUAAAAAAACAGGUAUCAGGAAUUCCAAAUAAGGGAUCAGAAUUCAUACAUGCACUUACUCCCACAAACUCCCACAAACAGAAUGGAUAAAAUACCUUUAUAAUAA